AUGGAUGCCUCCCCUAGUACAAGCUUCAUUAGCAGGCGCAUCAACAGCUCGACCUUCGUCAUCAUUGAAGAUGACGAGUAUGGCGAGCAACCGUACAUAUACGUGAAAUGCUAUCCCAAACACCUCGUCAUCACGGACACGGGCUGCAACUGCGCUCGAUCUCCAAAACGAUCUAUCAUCUCACUCCAACAGUACAUAGAGACCUUCCCUCUCUCCAACGAAGGAAACAGCAUUCUAAAUCCAAAAGGAGAAAAGAAGUACAUCAUAAUCUGUUCUCACUGCCAUUACGACCACAUCCUCGGAAUUUCCCAAUUCUUACCUACAGAACCAAUUAUCAUCGCCUCCGAGUUCGACAAGUCAUUCAUACUAGACGACCUACCAAGAAACUCUCUGUGCAAAUACAAUAACAUCCCCACCCCUGAAUACACCAUAUCCCACUGGGCAAAGCAUAUGGAGUAUUUCACGCUCCCAGGUUUCUCCUUUCGUAUCCAAUUCCUCCACAUCCCAGGCCACACCCCCGACUCACUAGCCUGGUAUGAUAUCGACGAAAACCAUCUCUACGUCGGCGAUACCUUCUACGAGCGGAAGCGACUCACGCCAAUCCCAGAACUCCCAGAUGAUGAAAACCAGGACCCCGGGUUUCUAGCCGCGCCAGGAGCCAUCAUCUUCCCCGAGGAAGGGGGGGAUUGGAUCCAAUACAUGUCCUCGCUAGAUCUCCUCCUCUCCUUCGUCCUACACCAGAACGCGCAAUUGCGGCGAGGGGCUGGGUUUGCCCAUACCCCGAUACCGAGAGUUAAAGCUGGGUGCGGACACCUGACGUAUGAUGCAGAUGCAGAGCAUAUGAUUCUUGAAGUAAGGACGCUGUUCGAAAGAAUUAUUGCGGGCACGGUUUCUGUUACUGGAAGUGGGGAGGUGAGAGGUGUGGUACAUGACUAUUGGUUGGAGAACGAGGAGGCGAGGUUUAGUGUUAGGGCUCCGAGAAGGCUUGUUGAGGAAGCUCGGGAGCAUUUCCAUGUCAAAGGUGAGAAGGAUUAG